AGAGUAGGCGACAAAUCAGUAAGGAUCGGGAGGGCAUGGACUGCACCUGCCUGGGGAUGAGGGAGAAGUGCGGCUUGUGGCCCAGCUGGCAGGAGUGCAGACAUGUGUAGAGACAGAGCCAAGAGAAGGCAUAGGUGAAGGAGGCAGAGGGUAAAAGGAGGGUGGACAGUAGCUUCUUCAGCUGUCUACUCCUAUUCAGAGAUCGAGAAAGGCAAGAUAAGGACAUCAGUCUUCUCUCCCCCAUCACAGCACAUGUCACUGCCAUUGGCCUGGGAGGUGCUGUCCUGAUAUCCUUACCAACAUGAAAGUCCAGUCCUAGAAAGACUAUACUAAUCUUGUGAUAAGCGAGGAAAAUGCCAGUCUCUGGAACCAUCCUGUCGACUGUUGUGUUGGGAAAGAGGAGCACACUGGCUUCUUGUUGCUCUCCCCAAGUCCUUUUACUGUCACAACUCCUUGGCUUGUUUCCCCUAAGCAGCCUAACAGAGCUUCCCUGAAGUUUCCGGUGCUGCCUUCAGGGAUGAUGGCAGCCCACAAAGGAAGUUGGACGGCGAAGAGUAGGCCGCUAAAGGGACCACUGGAGGUACCGUUCCCAGCAGAGAAGGACUGGCCUGAGGACAACGAUGCAGAUUACGUCUUCAAGGACCCCUGUCAGGAGCUGGAAUCUCUGCCUCAGCCGUACCGAAUGAUCGACAAGCUGGUGAACCUUGUGUUUGACCAGACCUGGGAAGCUAUUGAAGAGAGGGAGGCUCUGAGGGAAGCCGAGAGGAACCGGGUGCAGCCCACUGUCUACCCUCCUGUUGCAGAAAUUCAGCUCAACAAAACACCCAAUUGUAUGGCUAUUUCCCAAGACUAUCUGUUCAUUGGAGGAGCCAAAGGAUUCUCCAUCUAUAAUCUGUACAAUGCUAAACGAAUAUUUGUUUGGGAGAAAUUUAAGGUUGAUGUCACUUCCAUCUGGGCCAUGGAUUUGGGGAAUGAAAUGCUCAUUGCUCCUGUGGAUGAACUGGGCAUCGUUAGGCUCUUCUACUUGUAUAAGGAUUGCCUUUUCCUGAUCAAAGCCAUCAAUGAAGCGGAGGACUCCAGCAAGCAAACCACCUGCAUAAAGAUGGAGCUCGCUCAAGGAGGGGACUUUGCUGCCUUCCUCAUACAAGGAGGUGGAGACGUUUGGCUGGAUGUGUAUAAAUUGCCCAAGGACUCUUGGCUGAAGGAAGUGGAACACUACCAACUCGCUCAAAACUCAAAGAAAAAAGUCGGACAGCUGCAACUGAGCAUGCUCGGUCGCAUUACUCCAGAUAAUCUAGAAACGGAUAUGAAUGUGUGUUUUAAAGCAGACAUUAAACUGAGUUUUCCUGUUCACAUAAUGAAGAUCAAGCCACCUAAGCCUCUCACAGGUACACCAUUUAAAAGCCCUCUGGAAGCUUUUGCAAAGAUUGAGGAUUGCCACGGGCUGGGCUCCGGGCAGAACCACUUCAUCAAGGACAGUCAGUGGGAGCAGCAGUCAGACAUCUUUCACACAUUCUACAGGAAGUUCCUGGACACAGAGGGGGAAGAGGAGCAGCCUCUCAGUCUGGCUACAUUCCACUUCUUCCUUCCCAGCCCCAUAUUUGCUGUGCCCAUGGAAGCCAGGAGCUCCUUUGCCUCAGGAGUAGCCUGUGUCCUUGGCGUGCACUGGACUGGAAGUCACAAUUUCUUCCUCUACUCACUGAACAGAACUCUGAAGGAUAAAACGGACCAUGAGGGCGUGUGGCCCUGCGCUGCCCCCAUCACAGUCUCCCAGCUCAGCUGCUCCUCCUCCUACCUGGUGCUGGCCUGCGAGGAUGGCGUGCUCUCACUCUGGGACCUGGCUGUAGGAUUCUGCUUUGGGGUCGUUGCUCUUCCUGAGGGAUCUGUCUGCGAAAGCGUGUAUUUCCUCAAGUACUUCCUGGUCCAUGAAGGACAGAACGUGUACCCCAAGACUCCAGUGAAGUCCCAAAUGUCAUGUGUGGUGCUGUGCACAGACGCGUCCCUCUACCUAGUGUCCGCCAAAGGGACCCAGGGACCCACCGUCCGUGUGCUCGUCGAGAGGCCUGAAAAGCACCUGGAUGAAGCCAUCUGUGCCGUGGCCCCGGUCCGAGCCCUGCCUGGCAUGGUGCUCAUCUUCACCAGGAACGGCUCCAUAUCCCUUAUGAACGUGGCCAAGCCAGAGAUCGUCUGUGCCUUUGCCCCGCCCAGACCCCCUCACGUGACGGGGCCCUGGAAGCCCACGUUUCUCGUGUCUCUACAGCUUCCGUUUUUCCUGCUGCAAGGAGACUGUUCAGAUGUAACGAAAUCCAAAUCCGUGGAGGAGGCGGGCGACACCCGAAAUUCUGUGUUCUACUUUAACUUUGAGGCCUACCCACUCCUGGAAAAUCUUUCCAAAACUUCCGUCACCCCUCCAGAGGAUCUGAGCGAGACCUUGGCCUUUCCCGAGGCGCUGCCGCUGGAGCGCAGGUGUGAGCUGCUGCUGCGGAAGAGCUUCCAGAUGCUGGAGAAGAAACAGAAGCAGAUCCAGGAGCACGAACACUGGAGCCGUCUGCGGAGGUAUUCCUUGCUUCUGCAGCGGGACAACCGAAAGUGACCGGGAACAAGAGAGACCCUGUGACGAACAGCCGCAGCUCAAGCCACUCACAGAACCAG